CCUCGGCUCAUUUAUACAGGGAUAGCGGGCGUGCGUGCGUGUGUAUGCGUGCGGGUUCCCACAUAUCUCUCACACACAAACACCCACGAGGCGAGGUGCCGUGGAUAUCAAACACACAUACAGAGGGGUUGCGGAAGAUUUGGUUAAGGAGAUAGAGGGACACACGAGUGAAUGACCAGGGGAGAGGGACGCAGAGAGACAGAGAUAUAAUAGAGACACCAUUACGCAUUCAAGAGGCACGCCAUGUAGAAAAAAACCAAAACAUAGAUCGAAGAAUAUAGAAGACAAAGAAAGGGAACGUUUGCAUAGGGAGAUGCAGAGAUACACACGCAUAUACGACAGCAAAACAUACUUAGAGAGACAGGGACAAGCGUGAACGUGUAGGUGAAAGAUUGUUAAUAAACUAGUAUGGCUAAUUUUAAUGGAACUCAUGCAGAGGCGACUUGGUAACAAUAAUCCUAUCUUCACAUAGAGAUACGUACACACGCGUGUAGUGUUUAUUGAACUAUUAUAUACCUUAACAGACUUACUCAAGAAUACGUCUUGUUCAUAGUUCUGUUGUACGUUUACACACUACGACACGAACACGUAUACAAAAUAAUAUAACUGUCAAGGAUAUAACAUCGCUUGCCAUCAUAGAAGCUUAUAUGCGCAAUUUACAGAUCUGACGGCACAUAAUUACACACACAACUAUACAAGUUAGUACAACAUUUUGCAUAUAUAGUGCAUAUUAUAAGUUAUUGUACGGUAUUCGCAUAUUUUUUAAACACCUGCAAGACCGACACCUGUGUAUUAUCUGUCUAUAAUUCCAAUGCUCCAUUGGCUAUGUAGGGCAAGGCUGUGUGUAUAAUUGCAAUCAGUGUAUGUUAAUAAAGAGUGGAUCCGCUUUCAUAUACACUGGGGGCUUGCGGCAUUCGGCGUGCGGUCACUGGAGAGAUGACCGUUAUGUUCCUUGCGGUCGCACUCUUCACCUGCGUCUGCACACUCGGUGCCCAUUCCCGUCAACAAAAGAGCCCAGUGAUUGAUUUACCCUCAGAUGUGUACGUUACGGAGGUCGGCAAGAAGAUUGAAAUCAUGUGCAGUGGCCGCGGUUUCCUCGCGUGGUCGGGCCCACUUGGCUCGGGUCAAAAUGCAAGUUCAGAUGUGGCCGCGUCGAGAUCGCGGUCAGGGUCGUGCCCGCGUGGGUUCACACGCUGCAUGGCGCUGCUCAUCCCAUCCGCAAGAGUCGAGGACACGGGCUCUUACACCUGCGUGCAGCAUGGGAGAGAAACUCGUAAACACAGGGCGGCGAAAGUGCAUGUGUACGUAGCAGAUCCAAUUCGACAAGUGCUCCCUGAUAAUGACAUCACAAUCGUAUAUGCGCGCAAGGACCAAUCGGCGCUCAUCCCGUGCCGUGCAACUCAACCCGACUCAGAGCUUACGCUAAUGGAGCUCUUCCCAGACAGAGUACUCCCUGUCGACGGGACUAAUGUGCGUCUGGACCGGGGUCGUGGGUUCGAGAUCCGGAACCACUCAGGUCUCUCCCUCAACUUCAAGUGUGUGGCAACGCGUGCAGGGCAAACCCAUCUGUCGGGGAUGGUGCUCCUACAGCUCGUGGGGGACAUGUUGUCCAUACGCGUGUCGGUGGAGGGUGGUGGUGAGCGGGCUGUCGGUGAGAAUCUGACCAUCACUUGUGAGGUCAUAACGGAGCCCAACGUGAGAGUGGCAUUCAGCUGGGACUACCCUCGCCGCCCGGUGAACCGCGAGGUGGUCACACAGCAGAUGAUGGAGACGGUGUACCAGGAUUUCCGCUUCGUGGCGACACUCACCCUGCAGAACGUGCAGAUGGAGGAUGCAGGGGAGUACGUGUGCAGUGCGGACAGUGGCGACAAUUACUUUGAGAAGAGCAAGAAUGUGGUUGUGUAUGAAGCGCCGUUCUUGAACGUGUCAUACAAGGGAAGUCCACACUUGGAAACUCGGCUGGGCAGGAACAGUCCCCGCAUGUCCAUUCACGUCCGAGCCUACCCUCCUGUGCGCAUCAUCUGGCAUCGGGAAGGCUGGGCCCUCUGGCGAACAAUCCUGGGUCGUGGCAAUCUCUCGCUCACGAUUGCCGAGGUCACGGAGGCCGAUACUGGCAAGUACACGGUGACGGUGGAGAUGGCAAGAGGUGCCCUGAGAGAGACGCUCCCCUUCAGCCUCAUCGUCAAUGUGCCCCCCAGUAUACAGGAGGCCCUGUCCCCGAAAGCGCACCACGUGCACGCGAUGGGUCACAUGCAGUCGCUCAGGUGCACUGUGUAUGCGACCCCGGCUCCGGACAUCACAUGGUCGUGGCAGCCCUGCCAACCAUCGGAGCAGCAGCACGUGUGCCACACCAGUCCAAAGGCGUGGCAGAAUGUGGUAGUGUCCAAGGAGGUGUCCCCGUCCCAUAAUCCCAUCGCCAGCAUCACGACAAGCAGCAUCAUCCUGCAGGGAAAGAACAAGACGGUGAGUACGCUUCUCAUCUCCCGAGCCUUGGUGUCUGGGCGGUACCGCUGUGAGGCUCGUAACAAGGUCGGCAGAGUUGCCCACGUUAAGGACUUCUUCGUUACAGACAUCCCUGACGGCUUCUCAGUCGGGCCACGUGAGCGUACGGUGGAGGAGGGAGACACCAUAACUUUGCGCUGCUCUGUCAACCGAUUCGCCUUCCUGACUCCGUCAUGGAAGAAAAAAGUCCUCCACGCCCAUCACAAUAGCACUGCCUCCCCUAAAUCGUCCAAGUCCACUUCAUCAUCGCAACCACGACCAUCGGCAGCAUUGAAACGUUCAAAAUCGAAAUCAUCAAAAUCGCCCUCAUCAGCAAAACCGUCAAAAUCUUCAAAGUCUUCACGGCGGGCAUCAUCAAUAUCCAAAUCAUCAUCACUACCCUCACCAUCAUCACCAUUGCUGUCUGCUCUGCAUGGAAAACAGAAGAAUGUGGGCUCUGGACCGGCAAAGACCGCGGUCAAAGGCAGAAGUUCCCGCACGAGCCUUACAGAGGCCUCGCCUGCUACAACGGAGAGGCUGGCAGCAGUAGAUGGAGGUGCACGUAGGGGCUCAAAGCUGCUUUUUUUACGCGAGGCCGAGACCGCGGCGGCUGUCAUCGAUGACCACGCAUCCUCAGUUCGGCGGCGGCGGCGGCGCAGUAGUAGAGUCGUAGGUCCGACGGGAGGGUUGGUAGCCGGUGGAGGCUCCAACCGAACUGAAGCCAACAGUCUCCGACCGCCAGAAGGCGGUGCCAUCUCUUCAACCGACGUUGGCUGUCGAAGCAGGAGGAGAAGCAGCAGAAGCAUUGCCAGAGGAAGUGCUCGCAGCAGCAGCAGUCAAAGAAGCAACAGAAGUAAUGAUGGCACUACUCGGAGCAGCAGUAGGAGCAGAAGCAGCAGAAAAGAGAGUUUUCAUGGUAGGAAAAGCAGCAGAGACAGACACAAGAGAAACACAAGCAACGUUCGUGGCAGGAGCGCAGUAAAGUACGAAGUUGAUGAUCAUUACCACGGUGGUGGUGGAGAUGAUGGUGUUGAAGGUGAAGAGGUAGAUCAUAGCGAUGAGGAGUUUAUUGGGGGAAUGGAUGCAAAGAUCGAACGUGGAGGGUUCCCACAGGGAAAGUUUAUCCUACCGAGGCUGAAAGGAAGACAGAAUGUCAGUCAUGACAGAUGUGGUCCCAAUUCCAAAAAAAUCCAAAGAUUUCGUCCGAUUGGAGUUGCAAAGACUAGAAUUAUGGAAGUUGCGCGAAGAGGUGCAAAACAUUUAAGUCUCGUUUCUGCCAGUGAAGAUUCUGUACGGCUAGGAAAGCGACUGAGACGGGAGGCUGCAGACAGUAGCAUUAGCAAUUCUGAGCAUGAUAGCGUUUCGCUUAGAAGUGAUGUCACUUCGCUGGGGAUGACGAGACCUCCAAGCUCUUCAGAGUUCGAUGUCUCCGGCACUCAAGCUGACAUGACCAUUGAUGACACUGAUGUUGAUGCUGCAAGCAGCGAGGAUGACGAUAGAGAUGAGAACAAAGGUGAUGGUGACAAUAUUGGCAACAAUCACUGGCAACAGGAGGGGAAUGCAGACUCAGGACAACACCGAGAAAAUAAUGGACUUGCCAGUGAUCUUCGACAAAAGCCUUUACAUUACCAUGAUCUAGAAACGGGCCCGUCAAGACAAAAUUUUUUAGGCGAUUUGCAAGACAACAGAGAUAAUGGUGGAGGUGAUGUUGACAAUGAUGAUGAUGGUGGUGGUGGCGGUGAUAAUGGUGAUGGAGUUGAUGACAGUGAUUACGAUGAGGAUGAAGAAUAUGAUGAUGAUCAUCAUCAUGAUGGCGAUGUAGAAGAAGAAGAGGUAGAAGCAAACAGGGAUGAAGGACUGCCUAAAGACAUCGGGUUCCAGCUGGACCCCGAGUUCUGGAACGCGACGGCGGUUCGCCGCCUGGUCUUGGUGAACGUAACACACGUGCACGCGGGCGUGUACGUGUGCGCGGCGCGCACUCAGGGAGGGGCCGUGCGGCACGCGCGCGCCCACGUGGCGCUGAGCGUCACGGCGGCAUCUGCGCCCAUGGUGCUGUCGAACCUGUCGGACGUGCUGGUGAGCGCCACCAACGGGACCCUGCGUCUCCACUGCCAAGUGUACGGGGUCCCUGCCCCCCGCAUCACUUGGUAUCAAAACAGACGUUCGCUCCCGCACAACUCAGGAGUGCUGCUGUCGGACCUGAACCGGACGCUGGAGGUGCAGAGGGUGACGAGCGAGGAUGAAGGGGAGUACACGUGCGUGGCAGAGAACGCGCACGGGCGAGCGCUCACGAGCGCCUACGUGCGUGUCCAAGGGGGGGUGGAACGCUCAUCUCUGCAGCUCGUGGUGCUGGUUUGCGCUGGAGUGGUGGCCGCGGUCUUCUGGGUGCUGCUCACAGUCUUCAUCCGAAGGAUGAGAAGGGCCCGUGGUACAGACAUGAAGGCUGGGUAUCUGUCCAUCAUCAUGGACCCUGGGGAGAUGUCUCCGGGGAAGCAGAGUGCGCGUCUCAGUUAUGAUGGCAGCAAGUGGGAGUUCCCGAGGGACCGACUCAAGAUGGGGAAGACACUGGGACACGGAGCUUUUGGCCGAGUGGUGGAAGCCUCGGCGUUUGGGAUUGACAAGUCCUCCACCUGCACGACUGUGGCUGUCAAGAUGCUAAAAGGUGGAGCAACUGCAAGUGAACACAAAGCCCUGAUGACUGAACUCAAGAUACUCAUCCACAUCGGAAACCAUCUCAAUGUGGUCAACCUCUUAGGAGCAUGUACUCGUCCAGGAGGCCCUCUUAUGGUUAUAGUCGAGUACUGCCGCCACGGAAACCUGUCCGAAUACUUGCGUGGCAGAAGGGACUCGUUUCAGAGUGACACCGGCCCCAAGCGCACAAAACAUGGGAAGCGGAACGGCAGUGAGAAGUCCGACUGGGAAUCCCGCGCUCUGCUCCACGAUUCUGGCAAAGCGGCACGACCUGAAGCAGCACACGACCGGCGGCACGACAAGAACGCCUGCUCCAUCAUUUGUGAGGAGACGGGAGGCUAUGUGGAUUUGCCCCCCGCUGCCAUCGCUGCAGACUCCGACGACGGGAUGCGCUCGUCUCCUCCCCAGCCGCGCGGUGUGGAGGCCUGGUCGCGACUCCAGGGUCGGUGCGGGUCCUCAUCGGAGGAAUCGGAGCAGGCAGAGUGGAGAGGAGAGGGAACUUCCCGUGGCCGCGUCACCAUGGCAGGUGCUGUGCCCGACGCGAUGCGUGGCACGGGGAAGCGCGAGCGUGGCCCUGAUCCGCGGAACUUGCCGUCGCUCUUCGGCCGCCCCACGGGCGACGCAGAGAAGAAGCGGCUGCACAGUGUCGCCAGCUCAGCAAGCUCAGCCAGUUCCGGUUUCGUGGAAGAGAAGAGCCUGUGCGAUGUGGACGAGGAGGCUGAAGGUGAAGACUCAGACGAUGAGCAGGUGAGGCCACUGACGAUGGAAGACCUCCUGGCGUACACAUUCCAGGUGGCUCGAGGGAUGGAGUUCCUGACAUCACGGAAGUGCAUCCACAGGGACCUGGCAGCCCGGAACGUUCUGCUGGCCGAUAAUGGUGUGGUGAAGAUUUGCGACUUCGGGCUCGCCAGGGACGUGUGCAAGGACCCUGAUUACGUCCGCAAGGGAGACGCCCGACUUCCGCUGAAGUGGAUGUCCCCAGAAGCUAUCUUCGAUAAGAUCUACUCGGUGCAGAGCGACGUCUGGUCCUUUGGGAUUCUCAGCUGGGAGAUUUUCUCACUUGGAGCAUCUCCAUACCCCGGUAUUCAGAUUGAUGAGGAGUUCUGCCGUCGACUCAAGGAAGGGGCGAGGAUGAGGGCUCCAGAGCACGCUGAUGAGGACAUCUAUAACAUCAUGCGAGCUUGUUGGCGCGCGGACCCACGGGAACGGCCGGGCUUCUCCGACCUCGUGACAGCGCUGGGUGACCUCCUGCAGACGCGGGUGCAGCGAAUGGGCAAAGACUACAUUCCACUCUGCGUGCGGCCCAGCCUGGGCGGGGAUUCUGUCCUCUCCCUGCCAAUUUCUCCCAACUCUAAUCUAGGGGAGACAUCCUUUGAGUUCAACUAUGACAACCUCCCUGCCUCUUGCUUUGAAGGUGGGGAGGUGGGUGGGUGCAUGACAUCCCAGGAUUUCGAUGACCUUACCAUGACCUUUGACUUCCCUCCUUGCACGGGUGGUUCCACUCCCCUCCACGGCAUGGGGUGGAGCUCGGGGGAAGCUGGAUCCCAGUGCGCACGGCCAGAGCUGUGCGAGUCCCCUCAAGGCCCGAAUGUAUCAUCCUCAUCCACACCAUCGGGAGCUGGGGACCCCGUUGGAACAGCUGGGAGUCCAUCCGCUCCACUCUACGUGGCCGUCAUGUGACCUACGUCUCGUGACUAAUGUCAUUUGUCUGGCAUCACGUGACCCACAUCACUCGAACACUGUAAUGUGAAAAGCAGCCUGAUCAUGCAAUGUGACUGGUGCCUGUCACAUAACGGCUUCUUGUGUUGGUGCAAUUCGUCACUUUGUUCCUUAACAUUGCUACAGGCUAUAUGCAACCAGCAUCACCACCACUGUUAUUCAAUAUCACAAAUGAGAAUUGUCAGCUAUUCCAUUACAUGUCAUGAUCAUGUUUGCCAUGUUCCAUGAUCAUUGGCAUAUCAUCAUCAUUGUAACAUCAACGCAAUAAAAUCAUAUACAAUCUUGUCAUCAUUGUAAUAGCAUCCCUGUUGAGAUAUCAUCAUCAUUGUAAUUACAUCAUAGCCUAUGAUUUCUUCAUCUAGAAAAUAAUAUCAGCUGUUAAAUAAAUACUAUCACAACCACCAUCAUUAUAUUGACGAUCAUCUAAAUGGUUAUCAUGUUAUUUAAUGCAACACAUUCUCUUGAUUGCCACCAUAGUUAUCAUAAUUAAUGUUACAUCUGUAAGGCGCAUUUAAUCCUUAGAUUCCAAUGUCACAUUAUGGAAAGGACAUAAACAAAACUAGCAUAAAUGGCCAGAGCUACUGUAGGGGUAAAGGCCAGUUUAAAGAGGUGGGUUUUGAAGACAGACUUAAAUAACUCGAACGACUCUGUCUUUUCACCAAAGUCCAAGCAUAGUCUGAGAGCUGCACUGGCAAAAGCCGAUCACCCCAGGAAAUAAGCCUUGACCUAGGAGCAUUUAGAAUAAGGCAAUUCAAAAAUCUCAGGGACCUCGUUGGAGUGUAAAAAUAGAUUGGUUCCUGCAAAUAUUGUGGGGCUAAGCCGUUGAGAGCCUUGUCGGUCAGCAGCAGGAUUUUAUAAUCCACUUGAUACUUGCAUGGUAGCCAAUACAAAGACAAGAGAGCAGGUGAGAUGUGCCCAUGAAAUGGUGUGCACGUAAGGACUCAGUUGCAUUCUGAACAAGGUGGGGUCUACCUUACUUGGAAUCUCGAAUAGUAAUGCGUUGCAGUCAUCAAGUCGGGCCAACACAAACGCAUGAACCAGUCUCUCUUAAGUCAUAGGGUCAGGAAAUGACGUGGCUGGGUAGUAUUUCUAAGGUGGAACAACGAGGUUCUAAUCACCCUAGAUACAUGUGCAUGAAAGGACAGAGACUGGUCAAACUGAAAAACAAGAUUGCUGACCUGUGAUGGGCAGAUAUCGUGAUCACCUAUUGCCAAAAGUGCCAAACCAAUUUUAGAUAUUUGCAGAGGGGAUUCAAUAUGGCCAUAAUUGUGUUGGAAUUUAUUCAAAUAAAAUGUUGCUGCAACCAAGAUUUAACGAAUUCUAAUGUUGUAGACAGUGCAGAAACUGGCAUCGCAGAGUUAAAGCCUAACCGGAUGUAAAUUUGGGUGUCGUCAGCAUAACACUGAUAAGAUAAGCCGAAAUGUAGCAGAGUGCCCAAAGGUGCCAUGUAGGCAUCGAAUAGUGAGAAACCAAGUAAUAAACCAAUCUAAUUGGAGAUGUAAAGCCAUCCAUCGUGAUAUAGUGCAUACGUUUCUAUAAAUAAGAGCAAACCCACCUUAAAAUCACCAUUAAGUGUUAUAAUCACUCAAGAAGGACCCCAGAGUUAACACCAUCACCACCAUUACCAUCCUCUAGUACUUCAGUGUUUACAAAGAUAUCCUCAUCAUAAAAAGAAUAUCAAUAAUGGCUGUACCGUGGCAAUUAGUGAGCACCUCUAAGAGGCUUGGGGUAAAGCCUGGAGCUCCGAUGAGCCAGCUACAAUGAGGUCUACACUGAGGGUCUAUGUCAAAGCAUGGUUGUGAUUUUGAGUUCAAAUCUUGGGGCCAUGGUUGAUGAAUGUGCUGCCAUCUCCAAAAUCAUCAUGAGCUCAAGUCUUCAAGUCAUAACACCAUUGCCAUCACCACUAACAUUUACAAGCUUUGUAUGACCAUCGUCAAUUGGAGAGGUAAAUUCUGACCUUUAACAGAAAACAUUUAUAGAAACUGCAUAUAUGGUAUAUCAUGAAACAGAUUAUCUAGAUAUAUGUAUUUCCAUCAGUAGCAAACAUGGAUUUAACAUUUUUAUUUCGCUUAGCAAUUGUAUUUUUUAUAUAGGGAAAACAAUGAUUUUGUGUCAAAAACUAUCAAUGACUGUAACAGCUGACUUCAGUUGGUAUCCACUAAACUGGUUAUGGAUAAGGGUCCUCUCUCAGGAGGCUCGCAAUAGCCAUGUUGGGGCACUGCAUCAGCACCCCUUCAUGACCUGGAUUCAAAUUCUGGGGUGGGUGUCUUUCUCAGAGGGCUCACAAUGCCCAUGAUAAGGGACCAAUUAAACACAUCUGAAGACCCGAGGUUCAGGCCUUUGGAAUUGGGUUUUACUGUUAGGACCAUAAAGGCCAUGUUGAGAUACUAAGCCACCAGGACUGUGACUGUAUUUUCAUAUUUAAAAAUUACACUUAUAGUAACGUGCGUAAUAACUGUACCUAGGGAACUGGUAAACCCCUGGUUAGCGGGGGGCGAGUCCGAAUCAGGCUUGCUGAAAAAUCCAGCUAGCUGCAAAUACAAUGAACAUCAAAAUAAUAUAUACAUAUAAUAAUACCUAAACAAUUGUAUAACCUAUACACUAUAUCUAAACAUGAAUGCUUAAUACAAUUGUGUUUUUAAUGCUAGAUAUUAAAAAAAUAUAAAAAAAUAAGUUAGCACUGUAGCUAUAGUGUAUUGUGCUGCAAAGUACUUACAUUUGAGUUGUGCCAAUGUCCUCCGAGAAUUAAAAACAAAUAAUACAAAAAUGGAGUGAGAGAAAGAAAGAGAUAGACGGAGUGAAAGAAAGCAAGAGACGAGAGUUAUAGUGAGACGGGCCAAUGGGGAGAUAUUUACAGCAACAAAAUCCACGACCAUCUAUUUGUACUGCAGGUGGCGUCGGAGGCUGAAUUAUAUUAAAACAUCGACAUUGGUCUGGCUAAGUGCAACAUUUAGCGAGCUAAACACCGGCUCGCUGGGGUUAUUCUGAAAUGUCUUCCAAUUCUCACUUACAAUCUCUUUGGGUUCUCAUCUGGUUACAUAAAUGACCAACAAAUGAUUACCAAAUUUAGUUUUGUAUGCAAACUAUUUACUUAUGUUACAUGUUGUUCAUCAGUAGUUGAUAUAUUUUUAUAUAUAAUACAGAGAUAUUUGUUUUAUCUGAGUGUAGGCCUUUGACACACUGUGAAACACUUACAAAAAAAUAUAUUAAAGUUGUAAAGAAAAA